CUCUCCUAUAACCACAGGAAGCCGGCAUUAGUUUGCCAAACCAGCCCUCUACACCAACCAAGAUACUUAAUAUUUACUGGAUGUUCUUUCAGUCCCCUAGUCAGGGACUUUCAAGUGGCAUAACUCGUCAAAUCAUCAAUCUCAGCAGUUAAAAAGAUUCACUCUGUUGGAUGACGACAAUUUUCGUCCUCAUCUCGCUUUAAAUCUGAACUUGCUUUACUGCAAACUUGAUCGAGGGAAAAGUGGAAAGGAUGCCCUACGACCCGGACCUCUACCCGGAUGACGACCCUAUCGACAACUUCAAUUAUGAUCCUAAGGACGAUUAUGAUGAGCUGGGCGAUGACUAUGACCCGGAUCUAGACCCAAACCAACAAGGGGAUCACGAAGAGGACGUGGAUGAGUUCUACGAUGCAGAAGACGUGGAGGAUGAACCAUCACUACAAGCGCCCGUCAAAGUUCCCCAACAUCCGAGGCGAGCUACGCUCUCGCCUUUGCAACCCUCAAGAUCUGAGCGACAUGCGACGCCAACAUCGACAUCUGUCCGCGAUGGAACACCAAGGUCAGCUCGGGUCGCCGUCAUGCUCCCGGUAAGCGUGAAGAAGGAGGCCUAUAUCAGUGUCCCAGAUGUUGCAUCAGACGAAGAGGAGGAGGAGGAGGAGAAGGAAAAAGAAGAAGAUACAAUGGUUGGCAGUUUCGUGACAUCAGACCUGAUGCCUCCCACUCCGAAGAGGCGAAAAAUCACAGAGCGGCCAUCGACGAAACCUACCCCCACUGUUCCCGCACCCAACUAUGUGCCGCCGAAGGUUCAACCACCACCAUUUCCGAUACCAGAUAUUCCAGCACCAGUACCCCUGGUCAAUCCAACAAAGAAACGAGGGCGGCCGUUCGGGUGGAGACCAGGCUUGUCCUAUGCCGCAAUGCGAGGAAAUCCCGUGCCUCCCCCUAGACCCAAAGUUCCGAAACAACCCAAAGCGCCAAGCGAGGUCAAGCGCAGAGGCCGUCCACCCAAGAAGCCCCAUGAGUUGCCUAGAGAAAUUUUCUCCAAACUCACGCCCAGGUACAUCCGCUUCCUCUGCGAAUGGGAGGGAUGCCCGGCCGAGCUGCACAACUUUGAGACUCUACGGAAACACGUUUUGGUCGUACACGGCGAUUACAGACAACCUCACCAACACCAUUUACUAUCAGCAAGAGAACAACCACAAGAGCCCAAGACUUGCAAAUGGGCUUCGUGCCACAGCAAGCGUCUCCAAUCCGAGCUGCCACCUCUCACCCUACCCACCAGAUCCCACUUCGAAGCCCACGUCAACGAAAGCCAUCUGAUACCUUUCCUCUGGCACGUCGGCGACGGCCCCCGCAACACCAGCAUCGAGUCUCCCCUUUCCGAGAAGCCCCUGACCAUAACAUCGGCCCUCCCAUCACAACCGUUAUCGUCAUCAUCCAUCUCUCACCUAGAUGUUACCACCACCACUACCACCAACACCACCACCACUUCCACCGCCAUCAAACUCCAACCACUACCACCCUACCUCUUCGACACCUCCGGCAACCAAGUAACCCCCUCCGUCCGCGACCAGCUUUACGAAAACGACGACGACAAACGCCGCCGCCGCGUGCGCCUGGAGCGAGUGCAUUUCCUGAGAGACGAGAACGCAGCCCCGGAGCCAGUCUACACGCAAGCCGAGCGGGACGCGAUGGAGGCGAGCUUGGCGGCCAAGAAGAAGAAGCAGGACGAGUUUUGGGAGUACUACGAGAAAGUGAUGGGACCCGUGGUAGAGGUGACGGUGCUUGCAGCGGACCAGGAAGACCUGGAGGUCCCGGAGAAUGCUUCUGGAAACCUAAGCAAGGAGGUUAAGAGGAAGAUGUUGAGUUGUGGGUGGGAUCCGCAGUGGAGGGGGUUGUACCAGGAUUGAUGUUUAAGCGGGAGGGCGAAGGGGGGAUGAAGGAUGGAAGGAGAUGGGUGAAUGUAGUUCUGGUUGCGUGUGUGUUGAUGGGGUGGAAAGUGGUGGAAAAGGUAGGGGCAUAUUGUUUGUAUACUUAUGUACAUUCACACCUUCUUAACAUAGCAAGCGAUACUCAAGUGCAGGGCUCCCAAUGUUCGUAACAUACCAUAGGUUGCAG